UGCCAGCUUGCUUAUUUUAUGCUUUAGUUGCUUUACUCGUACGCGUGUUGUUAGUCAAUGGACUGCUUGGUCAAGAAAAUACAAUAUACAUAACAUACGAAGUAGAUAAAUAAACUGCCGUACAUUAUUGUUUAUACUGUAAACGCCUAUAGACCUGAGACGCUUCGGUGAUAAUGUAAGAGUGACAGUCGUGAAAAAUAAAAUAUUUUUUGUGUAAUACUGAUUGUUUCACAUAGUUUCGAGUACCGCCACAUAAAAAUUGUGAUGGGUGAACUGAACACUCGCGAUAUUGAAAAGCAAUAUGUACGAAGCGGGAUAAACAUUGCGAGUUCGUGAUCAUCAGUUAGAAUGCAAGACGAGUGUUCGGAAUCGAAGAGGAACUUCGAGCGGAGGCCUACGAAAGUACUGAAGAUAGCGGAGAGUUUUACAAACUUAGACGAGACAGCCAAGGCUGGUCGAUUUGUGAGGGGUCCGAACUCAAAGUUCGGAAGGAGGUUUCAGGAGAAUGGCGGGCGAAGUAGACAUGGGUGUUGUGAUGAUGAUUGUGCGGAGUCAAGUGUCAGUGAUGGUGAGAAACUCGGUGAUCGCAGAGUGACCGGGUCCUCGUGCACAGCGCUCAGGACCGCGGUCGCAGCUCUAUACCCUUUCGACGACUUUAUACUAGAAAAGAUCGGUGCUGGCUUCUUCUCAGAAGUAUUCAAAGUGACUCACAAGACAUCAGGGAAAGUGAUGGUGUUGAAGAUGAACCAGCAGCGAGCCAACAGGAACAACAUGCUGAGGGAAGUCCAGCUCAUGAACAAACUGAAACAUCCUAAUAUAUUAGGAUUUAUGGGUGUCUGUGUACACGAAGGUCAAUUACAUGCUCUGACUGAAUACAUGGAGGGGGGGUCGCUGGAGCAACUCAUACUGGGUCUCCCUCCGGAGCCACUGCCGCAGUCCUUGAGGAUAUCACUGGCCGCAGAUAUGGCCGAGGGGUUGUUGUACCUCCACUCAUUAGGAGUCUUCCAUAGGGAUCUUACAGCUAAGAACGUAUUAUUAAAGAAGAGAUUCGAUGGUGAAUACACAGCCGUUGUCGCUGACUUCGGUCUGGCGGCAAAAAUACCGCAUCCACUUAACGGUUACCGCCUGCCGAGCGUUGGCUCGCCGUGGUGGAUGUCGCCGGAGUGUCUCCGGGGCAGGUGGUACGACAACAGGUCGGACAUCUUCUCGUACGGGAUCAUCCUGUGCCAGCUGAUCGCCAGGGUGGACGCAGACCCUGACGUGUUGCCUCGGACGGACAACUUCGGUCUCAACUACAUGGCCUUUGUAGAACUGUGUGACGAAGACACCGUGCCGGACUUCCUGAGGCUAGCCUUUAACUGUUGCAUUUACGAACCUAAAGCGCGUCCGUUGUUCGACGAGAUAGUGAGCAAGUUGAACGAAGUGAAGGAGGGCCUGGACGACGCCGCCUGGGACACCAGCACCGGCAGCGGCUCCGGCGCCAGCGACGACUACGACUGCUCCGGCCCCCGCUCCUGCCCCGGGCUCACCGCCUGGCGCCGCCCGCACGCACACACGCACGGGCACGCGAGGAGCGACAAGGGCGCUGCACACCGCCGUUCACUGUCGGAGCUGGAGUGGGCUUGGCGCGCCGGCGGGGGCUGCGGCGCUGCGCCCCCACACCGCUCGGCCUCCGCACUAGCGGGCGCGCCGCCCACGCCGCCCGCCCCUCCCCGCCUCGCCCGUCUUCAUCGCCUGGCUCAUAUCAUGCUCCUGCGAGACACUCACGCGGCGCCCACGCCCGCCCGCCGCGCGCUCCACACCUUCCGCGGAGUGCACAAGAUACUGGAGCACUCGCCGGCCGGCCGAUGCUCGUCGGGCGACCCGCCCCCCGUGCCGCCUUCGGCCUCGGAGCCCCGGCGUGCCUCUCUGCCUCCGUCCCCGGUGGGCGGGCGCCGCGAGCGCGCGCCGUCCGCGGAGCCUCCUCCCCCCCGGAACGAGUGCUCGGAGCUCCGCCGGCGCGGCUCGUGCGAGAGCGGUAUCUUCUCGGUGGCCAACGAGGACCUGUGCGCUCCGUCCCCCCGCGGCGCCGUGUGUCCGUGCGCGCUGGUCGGCUGCCACCGCUGCUGGUGGUGGCGCCGCGACCUGACCGUGCAGUCCGCCGCGGACGAGGAUUCGGAUCCGGAGCGCGCGCGCUCGCGGGCCUGCGCCGACUGCCUGCUCGCGUACGACCGCCUGCUGAGACGCCGCCCGCCCGCGCCGCCCGAUGACUCCGCCCUAUCCACCACCGUCAGCUCGCUGAGAAGUCUGGAUGACGCGGAGGAGGCGGACGCCGAGGGCUGGGCGGGCGUGCUAUGCGAGGGCGGGGACUGCCGCUCGGAGGAGCGCGAGGUGCACGUGCUGGCGCGCUGCUGCUGCGUGCGGCGCGGGGAGUGCGAGCGCGCCCUGGCCGCCUUCCCCGCCCACCUUCUGUGCGCCGCCCAGCGCUCCUCCAGCGUAUACACGGACAGCUCCGAGGACGUGGCGUCGCUCGGCUCGGACGGCGUGUACGACGAGCGCGCGCCGCGUCACGCUCGCUCCGCACAGAUCGCCAAGAUCGUGGAGUACUUCGAGCGGAAGGGUGCGGAGUUCCGCUGCGAGCGCGUGUCGGGCGGGCGGCUGGUGGUGGUGGACGGGCGCCGCCUCACCGUGUGCGAGGGCGCGGUCCGCUCCAAGCUGCCGCUGUUCGACAAGCGCUCGUAGCGACGCGGGUACGAGCUCGAGCGCCGCAGCUCCAUCUACCGGUGACGCGCUCGUUCUCGACCGUAACGAAGAUCGGACGUUCCGAAACGAGGACCUCUUCCUUACUUAACUAGUUAUGUGAAUACGUUUUAGACUAAUUACUUUUACAUAUUUAUGUUUUGUAUACAGUAUUAUAUCGUUACUUGCCGGUUUAUAUAAGUUUGUAAAUAACUUUUCGUGUUAUGUAUAAGUUUGAACUGUCAUAAUAACCUGCUACCGCGGCGGGACGGCGGCGGACGACCGCUGAGCUCGCUCGGUCACUUAAUGUAUAUAAUAUGAUACGUACUUCGGAUCGAUAGAGACAUAUUUCUUUUUAUUUCUUAUUAAAAUCUUUUCAUAUACCAAUUAUUUAUCGCGUGAUCAAAUCCAUCGCUACGUGUAUACUAUACUAUACUAUACUAUCGCAGGUCGAGUACGUCCCUGAAACUGAAUUAUAAAUUAUAAAAUAUAAAAUUAUAUACGACUCGUCUCUUAUCAGAGUGAGAGAGCUUGGAACUCCGUCUUUAGAACGAGAUUAAAUUAUUUACAUAUGACGUCACGGAAAUAGUCGAAGCGUGCCCUGCGAGGAAUAUGCCAAAACCAACAAACACGUUUUAUAAUAUCAAUACAAAUUAUAUGUGUCAAAUAUAUCCAAAGGAUGCGUGAGGAAUGUUAUUUAUACUAUAUUGAUCAGUGUGGCGAGUUGUGUUCUGUGUCACCAAACUUGACACACGUCACCUGUCACCUGUCAUUAAAGCCGACGACUUGUCAGAAUAACCGCUUUUAAUGUAACAAUAUAUUUUUGUAAAUGUGAAUGUAACACAGCAGACAGAAUAUAUCAUCAGGGUAUAGACUUCGUUGUAAAUAAAACGAUUGAUAAUAACUCCUAUUAUUGUAGAAAACGAAAUAAUAUCAGUGCCAAAUAGAAAUGAAGGUAUGGAGAACUAUGAAUAUUAGGUCGUUGAAACAAGGAAAAACAAAGAAGGAACAGUGACCAGUGAGAUUGAUGACUGUCGUUCGUCUUAGUUUUAAAUAUACACGAUCGAACACUAGUAGUAUUGACGACAUUUUGUUUUUUAUUUUUUUAUAUAAGAGCAAUUGUUUGUCCGUCCAGAGCGAGCGAUGUCGGAUUAUAUUCUAUGUAUUUAGAGUUUCGUGUCUAGUCGACUUAAAAAAUUUAAUCAUUUUAUUAUGAAGAACUGUUUGAUUAUAAAUAAAAUUAAUUAAUCAAUCUAUGUCGGUGCAAUCAUGAUUAUCCACUGAACAGUUGAAUGCCUUCUAUGAUUUUAUUCAGCCCUCGUUCACUUCAUUUAUAUAAAUAUAUUUGUCAAAUGUACCUGUUAAAAAUACGCCGAUAGUUUUUAGUGCAAUAGUUCACUUGACUGAUGCUAUGUCUUUGAAGGAAUGUCCAGUUUAUUGUCAGUGAGACUUGUUUGUGACUAUUUGAGCCAUAUAAACGUAUGAUUCUCUCAAAGGCAUAGCUUGUGUGACUGUUUGUCCGAUGCUAAUAUAAAAUGUAUAUCAGUUACUGCAUUAAGCAUAUCAAUGGUAACAUAAGGUCUAGUUAUUUUUAUUAUAAUUCCAUAGUAAACUCACAUGUGACGGAGUCUGGUUCUGUGUGACUUCUAAAUGUUUUCUAUCAUUUUUUCUCUUAUAAUACUUAUAAUUACUUUAUACUGUUAAAUAUCCUUAUACAAAUUGUUUUACAACAUAUUUUUAAUACAUUUAAGUUGUGACGAUAUUCAAAUAAUUUUGGACAUUUUAUUUUAUAUACAUAUAUAUCUUGCCUUUCUUAUGAAGAGCCAACUAAGUCACUUGUGUUUUUUUUUUCUUAUAAGUUGUACAUUAACUACUGUUCCUUGUUUUAAGGCACUAAUGUAAGACAUUGUUAUAGGUUGUGUUUGAACCCGGACUUGCAAUAGUUGUUAGUGGGCCGUAUGAGGCAGUUGAGACUAAUUUGUAAAUGAAAGGUGGUAUUAAUAAAUAUAUUUUGUUUC